AUAUCUGCUCCGGAGGAAGAGCACAUAUCGUACGUUGUAUUGCUAUGAACUGCUCAUACACUUCCACAACCAGUAUAUUGAGUUUUUUGAGGCUGCAAAGUGGAUAGUUGAAGCCUCAUGCAUAGCUUCUUGAAGAUUGAGGACUAAAGUGGAUGCUUUACAAGAAAAUGUUGCUAGAGCAAGAGAUAUUUCCUCCCUCCGUUACUCCUCUGGCCGGUUUGAGGUGGAGCGACAACCUUCUCAAACAAGAAUACACCGAACCGGCAACCGAUCUGGACUUGGAGGAGAAUCUGGAGAAGCUUCUCAAGGGGGACCCCUUCACCGGGCAGAUGUACCAUUACGGAAGCUUGGUCUGGCGCAUCCAACCGGGUGGCGAGGGUACCUCUCGGGCCCAUGAAGCAGCGGGGCACGGGGUACCCUCCCCGGGCAACACUGCAGAGGCCGGGGCCCCAAGUCACCCAGAUCCUUUAGCAUCCCGAAGAAGACCUGCGCGUCUUCUUCUUCUGGCCCACACGCAUCUUUUGCGAAGACCGUCCCGGUCUAACAGGAAACUGUUGAGAUCCACUCUGAGGAGGAAACUCCCCCCAGUCCAGGAAGACGGCGGGGAAUCCUCCCACCAACAAGGGGAAGGGAAAGACCAGGAUCAAGAAAGCGGCCACCACCCAUCCGUCGGCGAAGAGGAAGGGGGGGGGGAGGAUGUCCCGGUCACCCCAUCAUUGGAAGAGCUUUGGGUGAAGAUGGGGCUCAAGCUGAAAAAGAUUGGCGAAGUUGGGUCAGAUGCCUUGGAGCAACUAUCAGAAGGCUCCCCCUCCCGGUCGUCCAAACUUAAAGAGAAGCUCAGGGAAGCUGAGGAGCGGAACCGGGAGCUACAGGAGGUGAUUGCCCGCCAGAUCGAUGAGAUGGCCAACCUCUCCAGUCAAGCCGGCAAGGUUGGGGCAGAGAACCUCCACUUGAAGAAGGAAAACCUUCAGUUGAUGGGGGAGGUCUCCAAUUUGAAGGAGGAUGCGGAGCAGAAGGAGCAGGAGUUUCUCGGCAGAGCCCACCAAUGGAUGGGGGAGAACCUGGUAGAGGCUGCCCGGGUGCUCACCUCCACUCCCGAAAAGACAAUGGAGGGCUUCAAGCUACUCUACCGGGAGGAGCGUGGGAAAGAGAUGAUGACGGACAAAGGGUUACCAAUUGAUGAAGAAGAAGAUGAAAUUGAAGAAAUUGGAGCUAGAAGAAGACUGCCCACCACUCGCCGGAGGUUUUUGCCGCCGCCGGUUCGCAUCUGCUGGCCGCCCGCCGCCGCCGCCGCGGCUCUCUUGUCGUUGUUCCUCGUGUGUUCCCCCCUCCCCCUUGUUCAGCUGUGAUUUGUCUUCAAUUUAUAGCCGAAGGAUUGUUCCGUUGAUUUCUUCCUGUUGGCAAUUGAUUCUAGCGAUAAAUGUAGGGGAGCGUUGGAGCGUUGAAAGAAUUUGGCAGAGAGACGUUGAAGAUCGGAGCUCUGGUCCGCCUAUUGCACUGCUUGCGUUAUUGAACAAGGAGAAGUUGCUGGAUUUCUUUUUUCUUUCUUGCUGGACGUGAAAUCAAAUUGGGGGAGUGGGCUGAUUUUCCAUUGUGUUGGGUUUGGGCUCUGGCCCAAAAUCAAUCUUUCCUUUCCAAACUUGAAUUGCAUUUUGGUCUUUUUGCUACAUUUUUCUCCAAAAAAUAAGAUAUCUGAUAAUUUGGGUUAGGAAUAAUAAAAUGUAAAAAGUGUUUAAAAAACUACUAAUUUUGAAAGAAAAUAAAAAGAAUGUAAAACUAGAAAAUAAAAUAAAACUUAGCUAAAAAAUUAAAAAUUAAACUCUAAAAAUAUUAAAAAUGCCUAAAAAAGAAUAAAAAAAACUAACCCAAAACCAACUUAUCAAAUACCCCCACACUUAAGACUUGAACGUCCUCGUUCAAAAGACCAAAAAGGAACAAAUUAAUUUAUAUCAUCAUCAAGAAGAGCAAAAUGCACCUUACACGCUCACACUUAAGAUUUCAUGCCCAUAGCAUUUUAAAAACAAAGUGAGCUAAAAAUCCUAUAAAGAUGGAGAUCUAAAAUAUGGAUUAUUUGGGUUCUAAAAAAAAAUGCUCUAAAGUUGCCACAAAAAAGCUUCUAAGGGAGUCCUAUGCUUCAAAACGGCUCAAUGGCAACGGUAGCAAAAUUAUUCAUAAGAAAACCUAAAUAAAAAAUCACACAAUUUCUAAAAAGGGCUCCUAAAACUGAUUUUUCUUCUUUUUCAGAAAACAAAAUUUUACGGGAUUCCUAGAAGUAUGUGGAUGGCCAGUUCUAGAAAACAAAAUUUUACGGGAUUCCUAGAAGGAUUUCAAACAUUUUAAGGUCAUUUUUUACCAAGAAAAGAGCAUAAGACUCAAUGCGGGUUUAUAAAGUAUACACUUGCUAUCUUUCAGAAUAAAGCCCCAAGAAAAACAAUGAGGUUUUUGGGUCAAUUUUGAAAACAAAGAUCUAAAUAAGAAGAUAUGCAACUAAGAAUGGAAAUAUUUGGACCCAAAACCUAUUUUGAAAAAAAAAUUGCCACAAAAGUUUUUUUCAAGCAAUGACACAAGCAUGACACCUCCCCCCACACUUAAAAUCUGCAUAGUCCCCAAUGCAUCUAUAUGAUAUGGCAAUAUUAAGUAAGCACAGACUUAGCGAGGGGAGAAGGGGAAAGGGGAGAUUCAACUAAAAAGUAUACGCCGCAUCAAUUAUUCAUUUCCCGUUCCUUAUUUUGCUCUUUGGACCUAAAAAUCUGCAAAAAGAAGGCUAAGACCAAGUUUUUUAGCUUUGAAGACAUAAAAAUCAGAUUUAAAGAAUGUAGAUUUUUUUCUAAUUUAGCACAUAUAAGCCGUGAAAAGUGUAGAAUUUUCAUUCUGCACUAAAAAACAAGCUUACAAGGUGCAUAUUUCCAAUUUAUAGCCCAAAAAUCAAAUAGAGAAGUGCAGAUUUUUUCCAAUAGUACCCAAAAAAUCAGCCCGGGCACUUAGAGUUGACAUUUCAAAACAGAUUUUUGCACCUUAUUGUGCAGUCUUUUACUCCAAACACCUAUGCUUCCACCUAAAACUCAAUCAAUCUUGCAUUCUCAC